AUAAAUUCAUGUGUGGUAUAGUAUUGGGUUGAAUAUUGCUCAUGCCAUGAUUUGUCGCUUCAGUUUAUGUGGUGUUGAGGUUGACAAACAUAAACUGAGUGGAGUAGCAUUUGCCAAUGUGGUGAAAAUGUCCAUGAGGAAUGGUUGUUACUAUUUGCUGAAUGCAGUAAUGUGAACAUUGUCCUUUUGUGUUCUGUUUAAAGGUUUUUCACCUUAAUCUAUCAACUAAACGUAUGGACUUAUGGAAGUUGCCACCUCUGUAUCUCAUGAAUUUGUGACCACUGCAAAAUAAAAGAGGGAAAAGAAAGAAAGCAACUGUCUGAUUGAUGAGUGGAGUCCUGCUCAAACCCUGGGUAGAUGAAACAUCCUUUUUCAAGUGGGGAAACUGCACAAACUGUGAUUGGCAGGAGGAGGAGAGUCUGACGGAGGAGCAGAGGAAUGUUGGCAGCCAUUUAGUCUGAGCUCAACAACGGAGGAAACAUGGAUUCUUCACAAAAAAAAUGUAAACACAGCAAUGGAGUGAGAUGUGGGACCUCUGAGGAGGAUAAGGAUGGUUCAGCAACAACGGCAAAAAGAGAUGAAUCACUGAGUUGUGAGCAAUGUGGCAAGACUUUUAUCACAGCAACAAAGCUAAGAAUUCACAAACGUAUUCACACUGUGGACAAACCAUUCAGCUGUGAUCAGUGUGGAAAGACUUUUACUAAGAAGAGUCAGUUAAAAAGCCAUCAACUCAUUCACAGUGGAGUUAAACCAUUCAGCUGUGCUCAGUGUGGAAAGGCUUUUACUCACAAGAGUCAGUUAAAAAGACAUCAACUCAUUCACAGUGGAGUUAAACCAUUCAGCUGUGCUCAGUGUGGAAAGGCUUUUACUCACAAGAGUCAGUUAAAAAGACAUCAACUCAUUCACAGUGGAGUUAAACCAUUCAGCUGCGAUCAGUGUGGAAAGGCUUUUACUCACAAGAGUCAGUUAAAAAGCCAUCAACUCAUUCACAGUGGAGUUAAACCAUUCAGCUGUGCUCAGUGUGGAAAGGCUUUUACUCAGAAGAGUCAGUUAAAAAGCCAUCAACUUAUUCACAGUGGAGUUAAACCAUUCAGCUGUGAUCAGUGUGGUAAGGCUUUUACUGACAAGAGUCAUCUAGCAAAUCAUCAACUCAUGCACAGUGGAGUGAAAUUGUUCAGCUGUGAUCAGUGUGGAAAGGCUUUUACUCACAAGAGUACGUUAAGACGUCAUCAACUCAUGCACAGUGGAGUUAAACCGUUCGGCUGUGAUCAGUGUGGAAAGGCUUUUACUCAGAAGGGUCACUUAAAAAGCCAUCAACUCAUGCACAGUGGAGUUAAACCAUUCAACUGUGAUCAGUGUGUGAAAACCUUUACUCAACAUGAACAGUUGUUGAUCCAUCAAUGCCCCCAUUCUGGUAGAAAGCGGUACCACUGUGACUCCUGUGAAAAAACUUUCAACUCCCAACAGAGCUUAAAAUAUCACCAACGCAUCCACACUGGACAUGAUGUGUACGUAUGUGAUCACUGUGGUGAACCAUUUGUACAGUACUCACAGUUAAAAGCUCAUGAAGUGACCCACACUGGGGUUAAACCAUACCCUUGUGAUCAGUGUGGGAAACGCUACAGCUACAUUGCAAACCUCAAAGUUCACCAACGUGUCCACACUGGGGAGAGACCAUACAGAUGUGAUGAGUGUAAGAAGACUUUUACAUCUUUGGGUUCCCUGAAACAACACCAGCAGAUCCACACCAGAAAGAAAGCAUUCAAUCAGUGUCACAGUGAGCAGAACGGAACAGAUGGACAAAAGUCUCAGACUUGUCAGCACUCUGCCAAUGGUGAACAGUGCUGCUUUGACCAGUCUGGACAAACGUCCAACCAACAAGGAACCCGACAACGACACCAGCGUAUGCACACUGGACACAGACUGAACCCCUGCCAAGAAGAUUUCUCCAUGCAGGGUUCAGUAAAAGUUCAUGAAGUCCUCCACAAACUUAAAGUCCUUGAGAUCCGGCUUCACAGAAUUCAGGUCUAAUUUCUUAUUUAGUGUCUUCGUUGCAAAAUCCAUUAAGAGGAAAGCUGUCUUUAACAGACGUGACUGGUAAAUUAAUUAAACCAUUCAAAGUGGUUACUCAGUUAAAUGAAUUAUCAGUGGUAGAGGGAUAGACGUCUGGAUGGAGGCAGUGAGCAGCAGGGCGAAUUUCCUCAAUUACCACCUUAAUGGUUCCUGAGAUCCCUCUGGGCUGCAGGAACCCGUUAGAUGCAGAGCUGGUUCAGUGAUUCUCUGAUGAUUAAGCAUAAUUAAUUGAGGAGAUUACUGGCCUCAGGAUUCCUGUCUGUCCGUCUGUAAAUAUAAAAACAUGAAGUGUUCUAUGAAAAGUCCAAUCUUUGAAAGCUGACAUGUAGUUCAGAAUCAUUUCUUUGUAAGUUAGCUGCAUCCAGUCAUUACCAUGACACUGGCAGUGAUUCUCUGAUGAUUAAUCAUUAUUAAUUUAGGAGAUUACUGGCCUUAGGAUUCCUAUCUAUCUGUCUGUCUGUCUGUCUGUCUCCAAACUUUCUCAGCUACAACAUCUGCACCUCUGCUUCUGUGUGAAGUAGUCAUUACAGGAGAGAAAGUGUAGAAAAUCUGACAGAUUUUGUCAAGUGGUCCAGAAAAAUCUGACUACCCCUACAACUUCUCUCCUGUAAUGAUAGUAAUAAGUAAUACAUAGUUGAUACUUCACACAGCAGUAGCAGAGGUGCAGAUGUUGUAGCUGAGAAAGUUUGGAGGUUGCCACUUCUUGCAUUCCAAAAAUAGUAGGGGAGUCAGAUUUUGUCAAGUGGCCCAGAAAAAUCUGACUCCAGAUUUUAUUUCAUAUCAUACAAUCUGCACUUUUAACUCAACCUGCAUAUUUCUGUUAAAGUCCUAGUUUUGAAAUGGUCUCUCUGUUCUUAAUCUGCCAUACUGUGAUCAUUUAGCCCCUUAUUUUAUUAUUCUGUUCUUACAGACUGUAAUUUACGAGUUUU